CGUACAUAUAAAUAACUUCAGAGGGCGUGAAAAAAAGCAUGGCGUAAAUGUGAAUAUAAUGGUGAUGGCGUCAGUGAAUGCAAUGAUCAUCUAUUUACAGACAAUUCUCGAUGACGAAUAUCGUCUUAUCGUGUAGUAAUAUAUUAUAAAAAAUGGCUGAACCACAAGAGCAAAAGAAUAAAGAAAAUACAAGUGGUGGAUUAAAAGAUGCAAUGGUGAAACACGAGAAACGGGAGGGUACGCUGACAAAUGGCGGGAAGGGAUCCGGCGAUGAUGCGGACAGUCUUGAAGAAUUACCGCUGGAUAUUGGCGAACAUUAUCUUGUUCGAAGAUCCGAUGAUUCGUGGCAUCCUGCUGAAAUCAUUCAAACACGUUACAAUGAAAAUGAAAGUCAUUAUGAAUACUAUGUUCAUUAUGAAGGACAUAAUAGAAGACUGGAUGAAUGGGUACCCCGUGAUAGAAUUAUGUCCAGUAGAUUUGAUAUGAGCGAUAGAAGUUGGAAAACCGGAGAUAGAAAUUCUACCAGUGAUUUAUUAGCAGAUUCUUCUGAUCGUAAGAUAACCAGGAAUCAAAAAAGAAGGCAUGAUGAAAUUAACCACAUACAAAAGACUUAUGCAGAAAUGGAUCCAACGACUGCUGCUUUGGAGAAAGAACAUGAAGCUAUAACAAAAGUUAAAUAUAUAGACAAAAUUCAAAUUGGAAAAUAUGAAAUUGACACUUGGUACUUCAGUCCAUAUCCGGAAGAAUAUGGUAAGCAACCGAAACUCUGGAUCUGUGAAUACUGCUUGAAAUAUAUGCGCCUUGAAAAAACAUAUAGAUAUCACAUGAGUGAAUGUACUCAUAGACAGCCCGUUGGAAAAGAAAUAUAUCGUAAAGGAACGCUGAGUAUUUGGGAAGUAGAUGGUAGAGAGCAUAAAAUUUAUUGCCAGAAUCUUUGCUUAUUAGCAAAAUUAUUCUUGGAUCACAAAACACUUUAUUUUGAUGUUGAACCUUUUCUUUUCUAUAUUUUAUGUGAAGUGGAUAAACACGGAGCACAUUUAGUUGGAUACUUCUCUAAGGAAAAAGAAUCUCCCGAUGGCAAUAAUGUAGCUUGUAUAUUAACUUUACCUCCGUUUCAAAGACAAGGAUAUGGAAAAUUACUUAUUGCUUUUAGUUAUGAACUUAGCCGAAUUGAACAAACCGUUGGAAGUCCAGAGAAGCCAUUAAGUGACCUAGGAAAAUUAUCUUAUCGUAGUUAUUGGAGUUGGAUACUUUUAGAAAUCCUUAGAGAUUUCCGUGGUACGCUUAGCAUUAAAGAUUUAAGCCAAAUGACUAGUAUUUCACAAACGGAUAUCAUAUCGACAUUGCAAAGUAUGAAUAUGGUAAAAUAUUGGAAAGGUCAACACGUGAUUUGUGUGACUCCUAAAUUGGUCGAAGAACACAUAAAAAGUAGUCAGUACAAAAGACCCAGACUUACUGUAGAUAGUAGCGCAUUAAGAUGGGGUGCACCACCUCGGAAAAAUGUGAAACCUGGUAAAAAGUAAAAUAUGAAACGAUUAAACUUAAUAAUUUUUAUUUUUUUUUUUGACUAAUUAGAGAUGUUAUAAAUAAGAUAAGACUAAUGAUAGAACGAUACGUCAUAAUAUUAAAUCUAUAUAUAUAGAAUCUACAUAAAAUUCUUUACGACUGUGAAAAGAUUGUAUAAAUUUAAUAUAUAGAGAAUGCUUAUUUGUUGUAACUUUCAUUUUUAUAAGUAUCAAAAUAUAAUUGGAAAAGUUGUCAAAUAUUUCAAAAUUAAAUCGUUUCAUUGAAUUAUUUUAAGUUAGGAAACAAAAUAAAACAAAUAUUUAUUUAUUAAUAAUUAUGUAAUUUUCAAAAAACCACCUACACACACUCACAUGCGUUCAGUAUAAUUUUUCAAAUUGUUAAAAAUGAAUUAUCUAAACUUCUUACAUAACCGGAAACAACUUGUAUAAAAAAACAAACGAGCUGGUGUGAUAUCGUACAGUAUUAAUACAAUUAACAAUUUUCUUGUAUAAAUUCGAUAAUUAAUAAAAUAUAUUUAUCAAUCUA